GAAACCGAUAAGAAAAUAAACACAAACAGAGUUACAGUGCUGAAAGAUGAGCAGCUCUUUCAGCUUCCAAAUCCCCAAGGCUUUGCCUUCCAUUUCUUAUUCCCCUUCUCACUGCAAAACGUUUCCUUUCUAUAAUAUUACAUCCAAACACAAACCAAUCAACAAUCCCAAGCUUGAUGAGAAACACAAUGCUACAAACAUCAACAUAAAACCAAAUGAUUGUUUUACUGCAAAGAAGACCAGCUUGGCAAUUCAAGUUGCUGCCCUUCUUGCCACUUUUGAGCAGCCAGCAUUAGCUGUUACAGGGGUUAAUAACGAGCCAGAUCUUAUUACUGUGAUAAUUCAACUAGGAAUUAUUGCUUUUUGGUACUUCCUUAUCAUGCCACCAAUCAUCAUGAAUUGGCUUAGGAUAAGAUGGUACAGAAGAAACCUUUUGGAGAUGUAUUUGCAGUUUAUGUGUGUCUUCCUGUUUUUUCCAGGAGUAAUGCUUUGGGCACCAUUUUUGAACUUCAGGAAAUUCCCACGGGAUCCAUCCUUGAAGUAUCCCUGGGAUACACCUAAAGAUCCCUCACAAGUUAAAAAUGCGUAUCUCAAAUAUCCCUUUGCCAAGCCUGAAGAUUAUGAUUUGUAAUUUAUGAAAUAUGUACCAAUAUUCACCUUGGGUCUUGCUUAUACCCUAUAUAGCUUCCUCCAGAUUUAAUUCUUAAGUUUGUAAACAGUUUGAACCUUAACUUUACUGACUUGUUGAUGAUAUCAAUUCCAUACAUGGAGAGGGGCUUGCAACGAAAUGGCAAAGAAAGCGAGUUUUUUCUUAAAAUAAUAUAGUUAAAUAUCUUUAUUCCCAUAAUAAGGUACUUUUAUUCUUAUUUCACAAAACAGAGUAUUUUUUUAGCUAUGUAGGCAUUUAAUUUCUUCUCUACCUUUGUUUUCUUUCCCCCUCCAUCCUUUCCUUUCUUCUUCAUCAUUUCUUUUCUCUCUGCUUUUAUCUAUUGAACUUUGGUUUUACCCAUACAAGUUUAAAGGCUCGACAACUCAAACUUUGCUAAGCGAAUUAAACCAAAACUGAGCCUCCAAGAAAACAAAUUGGCAGAUUACACCUUUUUAAGCAAUUAAACCAUAAGUAUUCAAUUGUAAUUUUUUUAACAUAAAAAUCAACACUCAUCCACAUUUCAAAAAUUUAUAUGCCAAGUAAUCCAUUUAGUUUUAAAAAAUAUAUCACGAACUAAAAACCCAACGAAGAUAUCCCGCUAAUUCAACAAAUCAAUUAAAAUCCGAUAAAAGCACCAUUUUGGUUAACUUCUCAUUGAAAGGAAAGUUAACGUAAGCUUCCCAAAUAGCUCUGUUCUUAGGAGAGAUGUCAUCAGGGAGCCAAGCUGUUUCAGAGGCGUUGUUCCAAGAGCGUCUUUGUCGUUUUGGGUGCUUUAGUGAAUAACAUUUUGAAAAAGCUAGUUGGAUUCAAAUGGGAUUUAACCAAAUUUGGGUGAAUUAUGAUGAUCGUUGGCUUUGUGAAGGAAUUGACAGUCCAAAUUCAUUUGAUGCUUUAUAAGUUUUAGAUUUGAAAGAGUCCUCGUUUCUAAACGAGCCAAAAGACUCAAAAUGGAGAACAAGGUUGCUAGAAAUCUUCCCCUCAUCAGCGGCCGUUUCGGCGGAUGAUUCAGAUUCGGCAAAUUUAUAAUGUAGUUAUAGACAGUCUGACCGAUAUACACUUUGAAAUGAAUUCUUUUCUUAAAAUGAACGGUAGCAGACAUCAGGGACUUGAGCAAAGUUAUAUAUAUUAUACUUAAAGGGAUCACCUUUCCAGGUCUCCUAUUUCUGAACAUUUUGAUCCUCAUUAUUGCAAUACUCCAUCUGCAACCUGCACUAUAUUUUGCAAACAUAAAAACUCAUGUUUAUAAUGAACUCUGAUAAUUUGGACUCAACUACUAUUGUUAUCGUAAAGAAUAAAAAAAUGUAAAAGAAAGCGCCACCAAUUCUAAGAAAACAAACCCAAUUUGAGGAUUGAACUUUCCUUAGUGCAUUUUAAGGUUCCAUUGAAGAUUACAGCAUUAAUCACAAAUUUAAUUGUUUAUCAAUCUUCAGGUUUCAAUGCCACAACCAUGCAUUAAUCACAACUCAUUCCUUUCAUUAAUUGUUAGUACCUUAGCAGCAAUAGAUUCCAAAAGCAUUGCAAUUUUUCAUUCUUGAAGGAAAUGCCCGAGGAUUGAUUAUAAGAUCAGGGCGCAUCUUUCAUCUCUGGCUAGUUUCAUUCCGGCUCCGGUUGUUCCUGGGGCCCGUGGUUCUCUGUAUACAAACUCGAUUGUUAGGAAAAAGAAGAAGAUAAAAAAAAACCUUUUGAUGCAAAUGAUUUAGUAAAUGCAGAGCCUUUUUAUAAAAUUGUAAAAAAUUUUCAUCUAUGGGAUGCUUCCCUUAUUGACGUUGUUUCGAUCUCAAGUCCUAUGGGCAUGCUUCGCUUGUCAUUUCUUACUCGAACGAAGGAUUUUUUUGCAAAGGUAACUAGAGUUUGGGAUGCGGAUUAUUCAGCCACGAGAUCGCGGGACCUAGUCAAAUAAGAUUUAUUUCACCUUGGGGAGGGCGUGAAGGGAGUUAAUUUUUUGGGGUUUCAUCGGACUGGGCAAAGAAACUAUUGAGAGAGUGAACUAGGAUGGAAAGAAAGAAAAAAAAACCAAUAAUGGGGAAAGCUGAUGGCUGAUGUGGCAACUAAAUGCUUAUGUGUUAAAAAAACACCUUAUUUUAAGAUAUAAGAAUAAAAAUACCUUAUUUAGGGAAUUAAGACUUUUAAGCACAUGACAUUGAAUUAUUUUGAAAUUCAAAUCCAAACUACCUCUUUUUUUUCCCCCUUAUAUCCUCAGACUAAAGCUUUUAUUGUCAAAAAAAAAAAAA